AUGGGUGUAGUGGGGAUUAAUAUCGUAAUGCUUUAACACUUAAAUAAGGAAAAGGCACAGUGUCAAACAGUAUAUAACUUUAAUUCAUUACAACAUCAACAACACUUUCACAAUUCUGUUUUAACAGACAUAAAUCACUAAUAUGUCUAAUAAAAAUAAAAAGAUUGGUAUCGUCGGCAGCGGUUUAAUCGGCCGCAGUUGGGCAAUGCUGUUUGCUAGCGUAGGAUACCAAGUGACGAUUUAUGAUGUUGUUAAAGAUCAAAUUACGAAAGCUCUAGAAGACAUUAAAAAUCAAUUACAGAGCCUUGAAAGUGACGGUCUUCUUCGUGGUAAUCUAUCUGCCGCUCAACAACUACAACUUAUUAAAGGUUCAUUAGAUUUAGCCGAAACUGUAAAAAAUGCUACGCUUAUUCAGGAAUGUGUACCAGAGAAUUUACCAUUGAAACAAAAAGUUUACAAUCAACUUGAUAGUGUCGUCGAUGAUAAAGUUAUUUUAUCAUCCUCAACUUCGACAUUCUGUCCUUCGCAAUUUAGCGAGAAAUUGAAACAUCGUGAUCAAGUAAUUGUGUCUCAUCCUGUAAAUCCACCGUACUAUGUGCCUCUGGUUGAAAUAGUCCCAGCACCAUGGACUCGUCCCGAAAUACCAAGUCAAACAAAAAAUAUUAUGAUUGAGAUUGGACAAGCACCUGUUGUUCUCAGCAGAGAAAUUCCUGGAUUUGCAUUAAAUAGAAUACAGUAUGCAAUUUUGAACGAAGCUUGGAGAUUAGUAGCUGAUGGUGUACUCAGUUCAAAAGAUAUGGAUGCUGUAAUGAGCGAAGGUCUCGGAAUGAGAUACGCAUUUUUAGGUGCUUUUGAAGCUGCCCAUCUUAAUGCAGAAGGUAUGAAAAAGUAUUGUGAGACAUAUAAUAAAAGCAUUUAUGACGUAAGUAUGACUUUCGGACCAGUACCAAAAUUUGUUGGUGAAACAGCAGAGAAAAUUAGUAAUGAGUUAAACGAAAUGUGUCCACUCGAUAAAUUACAACAACGACGUGCAUGGAGAGAUAAGGCGUUAACAAAGUUGGCAAUCUUAAAAAAAGAAUUAAACAAAGAAAAGUAAAGUUACAAAUAGUAACACUCCAAAUGUUCCACUAUGUUAAAAAUAUAAAAUAUUUUGAUGAGAAUAAAAUAAAGUGAUUUUUAUCAUACUA